AUGGAUGAGUACAGUCUUUCAGCAAUGCUAGAAUCCUUAGGCGAAUUGAAAUCCAGUUUUUCUGCCGCACACACAAGCCUAGAGGAAUUGGACUUCGACUCCAUUGCCAGCGACCUGCCAAGUAACUUCGAUGCUGCUCUAAUCAACCUUAGAGCUACACUGCAACGCGAGAUUGGUAAACGUAGUGCCUCGCAACAUUGCUCCACGCUCAGAAUGAACUCUAGUGAGACCCAAUCAAUCAUUGUGAACGCUAAUAGCUCACGCUUGCCAUUGCUGACACUGCCUAGAUUCAGUGGCGCCUACACCGAGUGGACAAAUUUCUAUUCAAUGUUAACGUCAAUAAUCGACAAGGACAGCGACCUCACCAACAUCGACAAAUUGCAGCAUCUUCGUUCCUGUCUGAGCGGCGCUGCCCUUGACACCGUGCGCUCGCUGGAAAUAAACGGCGCUAAUUAUAACACUGCAUUAGAUCUUUUACAAAAACGCUUCGAUAACAAACGUCUUAUAUUUCAGGCACACGUCAGGGAGAUAUUUGGGCUAGAGAGGGCAGAUUCAAACGUAACCAAGCUACGAGGGCUGACAGAUAAGGUCACAGCACACAUACGCGCAUUGCAGUCGCUCGCAUCCAAUGGGAAGAUCGCAGAUGGCAUCAUCGUACAAUUGGUGAUCCAGAAACUCGACAAAAAGACGCAAGCUAAAUGGGAGGAGAGUUCAUCGAUCAGCGAACUGCCAUCCUGGGAUCAAUUAGCUAUGUUCUUGGAGAAGCGCUGCAGAACACUCGAGAACGUUGAGCAUUCUAUGCAGACACCGACUAGUCAGGCGGUAAAAGCUAACAAGAACACUGGGCAUCAAAUUCGUGACUGCAAAUCCGGAUCGUGCCGCGCCUGUCAGUCGAAACACCACACGCUCUUGCAUUUCGAACGCUCAACUGCAUCGUUAAUCAAUAGCCAAGCCGAAGCUUCGUCGGCAGCUACAGUUCAAUCCAACGCUAUGACUGCAUCGUUAUCUGUGUCGCCUAGUGCCCCAGUAUCUCCUUCUGAUGCUGUGUUCCUAGCUACUGCCGUCGUUCUGGUAAAAAAUCGUGCUGGAAGCUUCGUGCCUUGCAGGGCGCUUUUAGAUUCUGGCUCCCAGUUACACUUUGUCACAACUCGCCUUGCAAACCAAUUGCAGCUUGUAAAAGCAAAAUCUUCUGCUACAGUAUCUGGCAUUGGAGAUGCCAAUUUCUCAACGGAGGGUUACUCAGUCGACCUCGUACUGAAGUCGCGGACUUCAGAUUUCUCAACAAACAUAACAGCUGUUGUUGUGCAAACCAUAACCGACAACCAGCCUGGCUGCUCCGUGAGCACCAACGAGUGGAAUGUUCCGUCGAAUAUACAACUAGCUGAUCCUGGGUUCAACUUACCGCAGCGAAUUGAUCUGCUCAUUGGAGCAGCAUUGUUCUUCGAUCUGCUAUGUGUAGGGCAGAUACGCUUGACAUACGGUUUACCACUCCUUCAGAAAACACACCUCGGUUGGGUGCUAUCUGGAGGGGGGCAACAAGCUCCAAAACUAUCAUCUUUUGUGGUGCGACGGAAGUCCUCCAGUGAUAUUAUUUCCACUCGGUUGGAAGAUUUAGUGCGUCAGUUCUGGGAAAUAGAGCACAACUUCGAGCCGAUCUCUAAGGCCUCCCAAGAAGAUAUCGACUGCGAAGCCCACUUCCGGGAAAAUUAUUUGCGAUUGUCAUCAGGCGAAUACUCAGUUCGUCUUCCCAUGAAGCGUGGUGUGGAGGCCCUUGGAGACUCCUAUUUGCAAGCUCGUCAACGCUUCGAAAGUCUUGAACGAAAAUUCGCUCGUAACCCUGAGCUUAAAACAGAAUAUAGUAAGUUCAUAAAGGAAUAUCUGGACCUUAAUCACAUGUCGCUAGUUACCAAUGAGGUUUUUCAACAAUGCAAGUAUUUUCUGCCGCAUCAUUGCGUCAUCAAGGAUGACAGUAGCACAACAAAGCUGAGAGUGGUUUUUGAUGGCUCUGCAUCCACUACUUCGGGCUUUUCGCUGAACGACCUACUCAUGGCAGGCCCAACUAUUCAGCCGAAACUUUUUAAUAUCCUUAUUAGAUUUCGUACUUUUCCCAUAGCACUUACUGGGGACAUCUGUAAGAUGUAUAGGUGUGUUCGCGUCACCCCACCAGAUAGCAUGCUCCAAUGCAUAUUGUGGCGUGAAUCUCCUCAGGAAAACUUUGCCAUCUAUAAGUUAGACACGCUGACUUAUGGAACUAAGCCUGCGUCAUUUCUGGCCAUACGUGCCAUGCACCAACUCGCAGCUGACGAAUCCUCGACUUACCCCAUUGGUGCAGAAAUAGUGCGUCGAGACUUCUACGUAGAUGACUUGAUAUCUGGAGGCGAUUCGAUGGAAGAAGUACUGAAUAUCAAGCUACAAACAACUAGCCUCCUUGCUCGAGGAAACUUUAAGUUACGCAAGUGGUGCUCUAAUAGUCCAGAUAUCCUUCGUGAUAUACCUGACGUAGAAAAGGAACGUUUCCUUAAGUUUGACGAUGGCAGUGACAUCACCAAAGCUCUGGGACUAGUUUGGGAUCCGGUCAAGGGCAAGCUGCUAUUUUCGUUUGUGCCACAACGAGAACUCGGUAAAAACUCAAAACGCUCUGCGUUGUCUACUCUAGCUCGCUGUUACGAUCCCCUUGGACUAAUGGGCCCUACGCUGACCAAGGCGAAGAUUCUUCUGCAACGCAUGUGGAGAGACAAGCUUGAGUGGGAUGAGAGUCUACCGCAAUCGUUAAACACCGCCUGGUCUGCCUUUUGCAGCGGGUUUGCAGACAUACAGCACCUAUCAUUUCCUCGUUACGUCUUGCAACCUGGGGCCAUUACAGAAAUUCAUGCAUUUUGCGAUGCAAGCCUUGAAGCUUAUGGGGCUUGCGUUUAUACGCGUUCAGCCAAGGAUAGUAAGGUACAAGUGCACCUGUUGUGUUCGAAGGCCCGUGUCGCUCCACUGAAGACUAUCACCGUGCCCAUGCUGGAACUCUGUGCAGCAACACUGCUGGCACAACUCAUGGAUUCCGGUGGCACUAUGUUCCGACAGCAAUGA